GAUUGCUACAUCCAAUGGCCGGAUGGGUCAAAGGCAACCUUCGAGCGGAAGGGAAGGCAAUUUGUGCUGCCUUACCGUGAGAAGGAUUGGGCCAGUAGAGCGCAUGUCCGCAUCGCGCCAGUGGUGGACCUAGAGCAAGAGGCUGUUGAGGCUUAUGCUGCGGCAGAGCACAGCAGCGAUGACGAUGAACUGCCUGCAGCAGAAGCAGAGCACCCAGCUGAGGAGGAGGAAGCCGCUGAUGGCGACUUGGAAGAGGAAGCGCUGGUGCCUGAAGCGCCAGGGCCUCUCGCAGCAGAAGCGCCUCCAGCGCCCACUGCAGCCGAAAGGGCAACACACAGUAUGACACACCUUCCAUUUCAGCCUUGGUGCGAACUGUGCGUGGCAGGUAAAAGCAAGGAAGACCCCCACAGGCGAAGAGCCAAUGCGGACAUCGGCGUGGAGAAGACACCGGUGAUCCAAAUUGACUACCUGUUCCUUGGAAGGAACGCCGCCGUGGUGGAGGAAGAGUCAAGUCUCUUCACCAUGCUGGUCGCUAUAGAUGUGGACUCUGGAUGGCCUUUUGCCCUCCAGAUUCCCAGGAAGGGCCUGGAGCACGGCCAGUAUGUGCUCAACAACUUGACGCUGUGGUUGAACAACCUUGGGCACGACAAGGCCGUGGUGCAGCAUGACGCUGAAAACACCAUAGGAGCCGUAGCCAGCGCUUGGCAGCGCCAUGUUGGAGCAGCAAAGCUAAAGAUAAGGGCUGCGCCUGUCAGGUCGCACCAGUCGCAGGGUUCUGUCGAAUCGGCGAAUGGCUUUGUGGCAGGCCAGAUCCGAACCUUGUGGGCAGACGUGCAGGAGCGGUAUCCUGAGCUGGAACCAACUCACAACGUCAUGCCAUGGUUGGUCAAGCAUGCAGCGUGGCUAAUAAGCCGAUACCACGUGCGAGGGCAAGACCGGUGCACUCCAUUCAAGUUGGUGAACGGUCACGACUACGCCAAGCCCAUUUGCCAUUUUGGCGAGGUCGUUAUGGCAAAAGUUCCCCUGGCCGAAAGCAAACUUGCCAGGAAGUGGCUCAAAGGGAUAUGGUUGGGCAAGUUGGAGAAGGACGACAGCCAUGUCAUCGGCACUACCGCCGGGGCAAUCGCUGUGCGGUCCGUCCGCCGCUUGCCCAGUGCGGAACAGAUCAACAACGAUCUGAUGGCCUGCGUGCGUGGGCUACCGUGGAAGCCACGAGAUGGCAACCGAGUCGCCCCACGUGAGACGUCAAGUGUCGUGGUCAUGCCAGCGCCUGCCCACGCAGCCCUCCAUGGAGAGCAAGGAGAAGGCGGAGGAGAUCCACCGCGCAUCGCGGACGAUGGAGCUGACAUCGACCUAGACGCAGCAGCCGUGGAGGCAGCGGCGGUCAUCCAGGAAAUGUCGGACUGCAGCCCGAGCGCGCCAGAAGGCGAGCCGCCCGUAGCGGGAGACACCGCCGGAGCAGCGCCCUCUGAUCCCUUCAGGCCCGACACACCAAUGAGCCCAACUGGACUUGGAGAUGGGGGCCUGAAGCGGGAAGCACCGCCAGCUCAGCCAAGCAGCUCAGCAAAGACACCCAAGGUUGCGGGCAUUACCGCCCUGGAGAUCUGGGAAGCCAUCCAGAAAUGGGGCGAGUCUGACGAAGCGUCGAACCCUUUUGCGAUGCAGCGCAUCAGCAACGUAGCUGACUAUGUGGAUCAGCUCCUCAACCCUGAGCAGGUCCACAUAGCGCGCAAAGCGCAGCUCAAGAAGUUGUGGGAUAAGAAGGCAUUCACGCCCGUCCUUCGAGAGGAGAUCCCCAAAGGUUCCCAGAUCUUCCACCACAAGUGGGUUGACAAAAGCAGCCGAGGGGUGUACAAAAGUCGCUUCACGUGCGCAGAUGUGAAAGCGCGCUACACCAAAAGCCAGGAGGAGGAGAUGAACGUGUUCGUCCCUACUCCAACGCCUGAGAGUCAUGCGCUCCUUGAGGUGUAUGCCCUGGCGCACGGAUACCACACGAGGUCUUUGGACAUUGUAGCCGCGUUCCUGAUCGGCGCGGACAGGGGAGCCGCCGAAGGCAAUCCCGUCUAUGUCCGAGCACCAGUGGAGUGGCAAGAGCUAUUCGAGAAAUGGCUUGCGGGCCUAGCGCCGGCGGAUCAAGCCAAGUACCGCCACCGCUUCAAGGACCUGCUGUUCCGCCUAGACGGAAACCUGUACGGACGCCGACCAGCAGGUUCCGUGUUCAGGAACGAGCUUGAGGACAUCUUGCUCAACAAGCUGGACAAGAAGCGCUACCACUUCGUGCGGGGCGAGAAAGACCCGACGGUCUACCGCUGCACGAAGAGUGGAGUCGUGAUCGUGCACCACAUCGACGACUUCAGAGGUACAGGCCCAGACGACGCCUUGGACUACCUCUACGAUGUGGAGUUGCCGAAGUACUGCGAAGUUCAGAGUGGGGAACUUGAGCGGGUCGGCACUGUUGUGGAAGUGCUGAACCGAACCAAGAUCCGUCUGGAGGACGCCAUCCUCACACAAGCAGAUAAGGUGCAUGUCGAGAACAUCAAGAAUGCGCUCGGGGUCACCAAGGAAAGGUCCGAGGUGCCAAGCCGCCAACUUAACCUCCUGGAAGUGAUGCCACUUUCAGAGGAGGAUGCGCGAGCCUAUCGCAGCGCAGUUGGCAGUGCCAUUUACCUUUCUGCGGACCGAAGGGAUAUCCAGUUUGCCACAAAAGAGUUGGCCAGAAGGAUGUCCAAUCCCAGGGAAUGCGAUUUGAAAGCUGCCAAGAUACUAGCAGCCUACCUAAACCGCCAUCCAGAGAUGUACACAGUGGUAGCUCUGGAAGCGGGAGCCACCGCCCAGAACGAGCUGACCCUGGACCUGUUCACGGACUCGGACUGGGCCGGAUGUCUCGAGACGAGACGCUCCACCGACUGCUACAUCGCCGUGCUUGGAGGAGCUGUAGUGGCUUGCGGGUCACAGACGCAGCCGGGACUCCCAGCAACUAGCUCGCCUGAUGCUGAGCUGCGUGGCGUGAGCAGGGGGGCGCGAGAAGCUCUCUUCAUAAAGGAGCUGGCCACGAUCGACUUCGGGCUGAAGGUCAAGAAGCCUAAGCUCUGGACCGAUUCGAGCUCAGCUCAGGCGGCAGCCAGGAGGAUCGGGCCAGGAUCCAAGCUUCGCCACCUGGAGGUGUGCGAGUUCUAUGUGCAAGGAGCGAUCCAAGCUGGAAAGCUUAGCGUUGGAAAGGUCAAGGGCACUUGGAACCCAGCCAACUUCUUAACGAAGCAUGCCAAGACCGGCACAGAGGUGCGGGAAGCUCUGCCCUCGCUAGGAAUGCUGGAGAGCCUUGACAUCACCCAAUUCCAGCGCAUCAACGUCAAGGUGUCCGCGGUAAAGCGGCAGCCUUGGAAGCCAGGCUUCCCUGCCAAGCUUGAGGACGCUGGCGCGGGAAUGACCGCCCAGGCAGCGGGACCAUCCGCCUUGUGCAAAAGCACAAAGUUGGGAGAAAGCAAAGGCCAAACCAAAGGUCAAGGAGUGCGGUCGCCCCCGCCGGCAAGCCCGAGACAUGAGGGCAACCUCGCUGUUCGAGCGGGAAGCUCCGCCCCCGGACGGAGGGUAAAUAGUUGAAUUUGCUUGUACAAAGAGCAGUUCACAUGCCGCCUUUAAGGGGGGUGGCGAAUUUUCCAUGAAUCCCAUGACAUGUAAAGUAAAGAUGUAAAGAUCGUCAUGUGAGAUGUCAACUGGCAGAGGCUUGUGUAUGUUCUUGUACAUGGCUCAAGCCCCUGUAGUACCUGUAGUGCCUUGUGUACUCUAG